AUGUGUCGAUUUAAUUUACAGUUGGAAUCUUCACCUGUUGCUGUUGCUCGUACCAGACAUGAAAUAUCAAUGAAAAUUAAUGUUAUGCAAUUUGUGUCCAUUAUUCAAUCAACAACAAAGAACUAUCAAUUGACAAAACGUUUAAGCAAACGAAAUGGUUCAAAUGGAGACGAAAAUCUUGAAAGAUCUUCUUUUAAAUUUUACCUGAACUUUAAAUGCCCAAAGUGCUACCUUGACUAG